AUGGCUCAUGAGCGAGCACUUUUCUUGAAAUCGGAUGCCGGCUACCACUCAUCCUCUGUUGUUGGAAGCGUCUUUCUCAUCGGUGCUCCCGUUCCUGAGCUUCCCCAUUUCCCAUACAGUGCCCAGAAAACCCAGCAAAGGAGAGUAAGAAAGCCCAAGAACCAACAUCGUAGUUCCAGGUGUACAGAGAGCAACGGGAGAGGAAGAGGCGAUGAACACGCAGUUCCCACAGAACCCCGUAGGGAGGAUGUAAAGUCUCUCUAUUUUGUCACGACUGGCCCAGGCGACUGGAGCUCCAUGGUACCCGCAAAUAACAUCUGCUUCUUUCAAAUUUUGAUGGGUGCAGCACUUGAGGGCCAGCGAGCCCACAAGAGAAGUAUCCGAUCCAGCAUGCGGUAA